AGCUCGCGCACGCAUGUUGGUUGCACACGCUCAUUCGCGGCAGAACAGAGAUCUUUCGCGUCCAUGGGAAGGAUUGCUGUGAGAUCACGACAUAAAUAUCACUUUAAUUGACAAACUUUACGCAAAGAGAUUCGAACAUGAACGGAAUUACUCCCUCUAAUGUCAAAAGAAGAGCAAAGAAGGCAAACUCACGUAAACACCGGAGUGUCUUUCUUCCAGGUGAAGAUCAAUCAGACAUGGGAGCCAUGAAGAGGUUCAGUACCUUAUUUUCGUCCUUCCGGGGAAAAGUCAGCAAAGACAGAACUGAUAAGGAACCAGAUCUACCUGCUAGCACAGAGCUCUCUUCCGUGGAAGAAAAGGCAAAGGAGCAGCGAUACGCUAGUGGGCAGUUUUUCUUCGAAUAUCUGGUGGUGGUUCGGCCUAAAAAGACCAAAGAUGGGAUAUAUGAGCCACAGAUCAUCUAUCAGUUCCCUAAGAAGGAUGGAAUGGUGCGAUUUCAGAAGGAGGAGGAAGAGAAGACGUUAAAGGCGCUCACACUCUUUUGCUUUCCAGAGGGUGUAAACUGGGCGCCCUUAACAGAAUAUUCCAGUGAAACAUUCUCUUUCGUGCUUACAGAUGUUGAUGGAAUGAGGAAGAAUGGCUACUGUAGGAGGCUACUGCCUGAUGGGAAGGGGGCUCGUCUGCCUGAGGCCUACUGUAUCAUCAGUAAUUUAGCCUGUUUUGGACUCUUUUCCAAGAUCUUUGAUGAGGUGGAGCAGCGCAGAAAAUUCUCAAUGGCAAUGAUUUACCCAUUUAUGCAGAGCCUGAGGGAAUCAGCAUUCCCUGCCCCUGGACACACUGUUAAUAUCAAAAGCUUUAUUCCAGAAAGAGGCACUGAGAUCAUCAGUUUGACUCGUCCGACAGACUCCUGGCUGGAGCAUGUAGAUUUCCGCACAUUGUUCAAAUGCCUGUCAGAUGAGGAGGUGCUCCAAGUGUUUGCUGCUGCUGUGCUAGAGCGGAGGAUCAUCUUCAUCGCUGAUGAGCUUGGGACGUUGUCUCAGGUGAUUCACGCAGUGACUGUUCUCCUGUAUCCAUUCAUCUGGCAGCACACGCUCAUUUCCAUCGUUCCCGAGAUUCUAAUCGAUGUCGUCAUGGCACCCACACCGUACCUGCUGGGUGUCCAGAAAAGUCUCGCAGAUCAGGCCACUGACCAGACCGAGCUGCUUGUUGUUGACUUGUCAGAAGGCAGGAAGGAGACAUUUAUCAAGAGUAUGGGAGAUGAGGACACAAUCUUACCUCACAAACUCAAAGAUGAAAUCAAGCAGGCCCUCAGUACCAAAAAUGAGAAUUCAAGUCUUGAGGAGUUGAACCGGGUGGUCCCAGAAGCUUUCCUGCCAUUCUUUAUCAAGACUGUCGGUCACUUCGCUAAGUACAUUGUGCGGGGCGAGUUCCAGCGAACUAAUUUCUGUAAAACAAUAGAAUCCAAGAACACAAGACGGUUUGUGAAGAAAUUUGUACAGACGCAGAUGUUCGAUCUCUUCGUUCAGGAAAUGGAACAGAGACCUGCCUCUCAGGACGGCACAGGGUUUUUUGACAAAAAGAUUGCUGAAUACUACAAAAAGAUGAGGGAGAAAGCCAAGAAACACUAGUGGAAGCACUCGCCAAAGUAGCUGGUUGUAAAUCUUGUGUGAAAUAAAUCAGUCAGUAGUAAAUAAUUUUAAGGAAUGUAGAUAGAAUUAAAUGUCAGAUUAUUUUUUAUUUAUGUUGUCGUGUUUAGUUGUCAUACUUUUACUGCUGUUUGUCAUUUGUGUCAGGGUCUUGUUGGGGAUUAUGGGUAACUGUAUUGUGAUAAGCUGCUGUAUUUAAUGCAUGUAAGGCUUAUUUUGACCAGAAGGUUCAAUGUCACAGAAACUGAGCCAUUGGAAACAUGCUGAAUUCAAAAAUAAAACAGAUUCAGUGAAUGAAAUGAAAUAAAAAAAAUAAAUUUCAUCUCCAUAUUUCAAGAAUGAUUGUAAAUGCACUGAAAUAUGUCAAACUAUUUAACAUGUUUCUUUUCAAAUUAAAAGGAAAAACUUA